AUGUCGGGCCAUCCACAACACGGUGGUUAUGAUGAUGGCUACGGCCAACAAAAUGGCAAUUCAGACCUUUACUAUCAAGACGACCAGAAUCAAGCAUACUACGAUCAGCAAGGUGGAUAUCCAGAGCAGCAAGUGCCGCAAAACGGUGGUGACGGAUACUACGACGAAUCGGGCUACUAUAACGCCGAUUCUAAUAAUCCAUAUCAACAAGAAGGUGGUUACUAUGAGGGUCAUGAACAGGGCAUGCAAUAUCAAGAUGACUACUACACCGAUCAGUACUAUGACCAAGGUGCACCAGCUGCUGGUCAGCAAGCUCAGAAUCAGGGUUAUCCAAAACGACGUGGAGAUUCCGAAGAAGAUUCAGAGACAUUCAGCGACUUCACCAUGAGAUCAGACAUGGCCAGGCCCUCAGAUAUGGAAUACUACGGAAGAAAUGAUGAGCGCUACAACAGCUACAAUGAAAGCCAAAUGGGGGGUAGGGGAUAUCGUCCUCCAUCCUCUCAGAUCUCGUACGCUGGCAACCGGUCAUCCGGGGCUUCAACCCCCAACUAUGGUAUGGAUUACAAUAAUGUUCUUCCAGCUGGCCAACGCUCUCGUGAACCAUAUCCUGCAUGGACAUCGGACGCACAAAUACCUCUCUCGAAAGAGGAGGUCGAAGAUAUUUUUUUGGAUCUAACCGCAAAAUUUGGGUUCCAGCGUGAUAGUAUGCGCAACAUGUAUGAUCAUUUAAUGACUCUUCUCGAUUCGAGGGCUUCACGAAUGACGCCAAAUCAGGCACUCCUUUCCUUACAUGCUGAUUAUAUUGGUGGAGAUAAUGCGAAUUAUCGGAAAUGGUACUUCGCCGCCCAUCUUGAUCUCGACGACGCCGUCGGAUUUUCCAAUAUGAAGCUAGGAAAAGGCAGUCGUCAAACAAGGAAGGCUCGACGUGCUGCCAAGAAAAAGAACCAAAUGGAUCCACAAAACGAGGCCCAGACGCUCGAGCAGCUGGAAGGUGAUAAUAGUUUAGAGGCUGCAGAAUACAGGUGGAAGACACGAAUGAACCGUAUGUCACAGCAUGAUCGCAUCAGACAACUAGCUCUCUAUCUCCUCUGUUGGGGCGAGGCGAAUCAAGUCCGAUUUAUGCCGGAAUGUCUGUGUUUUAUCUUCAAAUGUGCAGAUGAUUAUCUCAGCUCCCCUGCAUGUCAAAACCUCGUGGAACCUGUAGAUGAAUUUACAUUUUUAAAUAAUGUCAUAACUCCUCUUUACCGAUACUGUCGAGAUCAAGGAUACGAGAUUCAGGACGGAAAAUAUGUUCGCCGAGAGAGGGAUCACAACAAAAUAAUCGGCUACGAUGACUGUAACCAAUUAUUUUGGUAUCCAGAAGGAAUUGAGCUAAUCGUAAUGGAGGAUAAGACACGAAUUGUCGACUUACCGCCAGCUGAGCGCUACUUAAAGCUUAAGGACGUCAAGUGGAACAAGGUCUUUUUCAAAACUUAUAAGGAAACUAGAUCAUGGUUCCACAUGCUGGUCAAUUUCAAUCGUAUAUGGGUGAUACACAUUAGUUCAUUUUGGUUCUUCACGGCGAAAAAUUCUCCGACACUUCUCGUCAAAGACUAUCAGCAGGAACUUAACAAUCAGCCUCCUGCAUCCUACCAAUGGUCUGCUGUUGCCCUUGGUGGUGCUGUUGCGUGUUUUCUGAUGAUUACUGCUACUAUCGCUGAAUGGACAUACGUUCCACGUAGAUGGGCUGGGGCACAACAUCUCACGAAGCGUCUCUUCUUUCUCAUUGGAAUGCUCGUCAUCAACGCCGGUCCCAGUGCUUACAUCUUUCUAUUUUCUGGCGGGGGAAAAUCAAAAAUUGCUUUAACUAUUGGCAUUGUACAAUUUUUUAUAGCAUUAGCCACAUUCUUCUUCUUCGCUGUCAUGCCAUUGGGUGGUCUUUUUGGAAGUUAUUUGACGAAAAACUCUAGGCAGUAUGUCGCUAGCCAAACAUUUACUGCAAGUUACCCACGUUUAACAGGAAAUGACAUGUGGAUGUCUUACGGCCUUUGGUUGUGCGUGUUUGCUGCUAAGUUAGUCGAGUCCUACUUUUUCCUGACACUUUCAUUCCGGGAUCCGGUAAGAUAUCUCUCAACGAUGGUUAUCUCGACCUGUGCCGGGGACAGGAUACUCAAGGAUAUGCUCUGCCAUUAUCAGCCCAAGAUUUUAUUGGCAUUAAUGUUUAUCACUGAUCUAUGUCUCUUUUUCCUGGAUACUUUCCUCUGGUAUAUCAUCAUGAAUACAAUCUACUCUGUUGCAAGAUCAUUUUAUCUAGGUGUAUCUAUCUGGACGCCUUGGCGGAAUAUCUUCUCAAGGCUUCCCAAACGUAUUUAUUCGAAAGUUCUUGCUACAACUGAUAUGGAAAUAAAGUACAAACCUAAAGUACUCAUCUCACAGAUUUGGAACGCCAUAGUUAUUUCUAUGUAUCGCGAACAUCUGCUUGCGAUAGAUCACGUCCAGAGACUUCUAUAUCAUCAAGUUCCUUCGGAGCAGGAGGGAAAGAGGACUCUGCGUGCUCCUACUUUCUUUGUAUCCCAAGAAGAUCACUCCUUCAAAACUGAGUUUUUCCCCAGCCAAAGUGAAGCAGAGCGUCGGAUAUCGUUUUUUGCUCAAUCUCUUUCAACUCCAAUUCCAGAACCGCUCCCGGUUGACAAUAUGCCGACUUUUACAGUUAUGAUUCCGCACUACAGCGAAAAGAUACUUCUCUCACUCCGUGAGAUCAUACGUGAAGACGAGCCCUAUUCAAGAGUUACGCUGCUAGAGUACCUGAAACAGCUUCAUCCUCAUGAAUGGGAUUGUUUCGUGAAAGAUACAAAAAUCUUAGCUGAUGAAACCUCUCAAUUUAAUGGCGACUACGAGAAAAAUGAAAAGGACACCGCUAAAAGCAAAAUUGAUGAUCUUCCAUUUUAUUGUAUAGGAUUUAAGUCAGCUGCCCCAGAGUAUACCCUUAGAACACGCAUCUGGGCUUCACUACGCUCGCAAACACUUUACCGCACCAUAUCCGGGUUUAUGAAUUAUAGCCGUGCCAUCAAGCUGUUAUAUCGUGUGGAAAAUCCCGAAGUGGUUCAGAUGUUCGGUGGUAAUUCGGAUAAGCUCGAACGAGAACUAGAAAGAAUGGCCCGUCGGAAGUUUAAACUUGUAGUUUCGAUGCAGAGAUAUGCGAAGUUUAAGAAAGAAGAAAUGGAAAACACCGAAUUUCUACUUCGUGCUUAUCCUGACCUGCAAAUAGCAUACCUAGAUGAAGAGGCACCUCUCGUUGAGGGUGAAGAGCCGCGUCUCUACUCUGCACUAAUUGAUGGACACUCUGAAAUCAUGGAAAACGGCUUUCGUCGACCUAAGUUCCGCAUACAACUUUCAGGCAAUCCAAUCCUCGGAGAUGGGAAAUCUGACAACCAAAAUCACGCUAUCAUCUUUUACCGGGGAGAAUACAUCCAGUUAAUCGACGCUAACCAGGAUAAUUACCUUGAAGAAUGUCUCAAGAUCCGUAGCGUACUCGCAGAGUUCGAAGAGAUGACCACUGACAACGUCUCACCAUAUACUCCUGGAGUUGAGAACCCAAAGACUAAUCCCGUCGCCAUUCUUGGAGCUCGUGAAUAUAUCUUCUCUGAAAAUAUAGGAAUUCUUGGCGAUGUAGCCGCUGGAAAAGAACAAACAUUUGGAACUCUCUUUGCUCGUACACUAGCCUCCAUUGGCGGAAAACUUCAUUACGGUCACCCCGAUUUUCUUAACGGUAUUUUCAUGACGACUCGUGGUGGUGUCUCCAAAGCUCAAAAGGGCCUUCACUUGAAUGAAGAUAUCUAUGCUGGUAUGACCGCUCUACUCCGUGGAGGUCGUAUAAAGCACUGUGAGUACUACCAGUGUGGAAAAGGUCGUGAUCUCGGCUUUGGCUCAAUCUUGAACUUCACAACGAAGAUUGGAACUGGUAUGGGCGAACAAAUGUUGUCACGAGAAUACUAUUAUCUAGGAACGCAGCUACCUUUGGAUCGGUUUUUAUCAUUUUACUAUGCACACCCAGGAUUUCACUUGAACAACAUGUUUAUAAUGUUAUCUGUGCAAAUGUUUAUGAUAUGCCUCAUUAACCUCGGUGCACUACGGAACCAAACAAUUCUUUGCCGAUAUAAUGUCAAUGUUCCUAUUACAGACCCCUUGUUUCCCACAGGCUGUGCCAACAUCAUUCCAAUUCUGGACUGGGUUUACCGAUGUACUAUCUCCAUCUUUAUUGUGUUCUUUAUUUCAUUCGUCCCCCUUGUGGUACAGGAAUUAACCGAACGUGGAUUCUGGCGUGCUGCAACGCGGCUCGGAAAGCAAUUCUGCUCAUUAUCUCCAUUCUUCGAAGUUUUUGUAUGUCAGAUCUAUGCGAAUGCAUUCCAGCAAGAUCUUUCUUUUGGAGGAGCCCGAUACAUUGGAACCGGACGUGGUUUUGCCACUGCUCGCAUUCCUUUCGGGAUCUUAUAUUCUAGAUUCGCUGGGCCAUCGAUCUACCUAGGGUCUCGAUCACUUAUGAUGCUUCUCUUCUCUACCUUAACUGUCUGGCAACCGGCACUCAUUUACUUUUGGGUUACGCUUCUGGCAAUGUGUACAUCGCCUUUCAUAUACAAUCCACAUCAAUUUGCAUGGAACGACUUCUUCAUUGAUUAUCGCGACUUUCUUAGAUGGCUCUCGAGAGGAAACUCACGCUCUCAUGGAUCUUCCUGGAUUGCUUACUGUCGUCUAUCUCGUACACGUAUAACUGGAUAUAAACGGAAAGCCCUCGGUGACCCAUCAUCAAAAAUGUCAGGAGACGUGCCUCGAGCAUCUUUUACCAAUCUUUUCUUUGGUGAAAUAAUUGGGCCUUUAUUGAUUGUCGCUGUAACACUUGUACCUUACUUAUUCAUAAACUCACAGGUGGGCGUUAUUGCAGACAAUAAUAAGGAAAAGCUCGGUGAUACAGGGGUACAGGCUACCAAUUCCCUACUUCGCGUUGGAAUAGUCGCACUCGCCCCUAUCGCAAUUAAUGCAGGCGUACUGGCUGGCAUGUUUGGUAUGGCAUGUUGCAUGGGCCCUCUUCUCAGUAUGUGUUGCAACAAGUUUGGAUCAGUACUUGCAGCCAUUGCCCACGGUAUAGCCGUCGUCAUGCUAUUGGUCGUCUUUGAAAUCAUGUUCUUUCUCGAAGGUUUCCAGUUUGCAAGAACCUUGCUUGGAAUGAUUGCCGCCACUGCUAUCCAAAGAUUCAUUUACAAACUGAUUAUUGGCCUUGCGCUCACUAGAGAGUUCAAAAGCGACACUUCUAACAUUGCAUUUUGGACCGGAAAAUGGUACUCUAUGGGCUGGCAUUCAGUUUCACAACCUGCACGAGAAUUUCUCUGUAAAAUUACAGAGUUAGGAAUGUUUGCCGGUGACUUUGUUCUCGGGCACACCUUGCUGUUUCUAAUGCUUCCUAUUAUAUUGAUUCCUCAAGUUGAUAAAGCUCAUUCAGUGAUGCUAUUUUGGCUCCGCCCAAGUCGACAAAUCAGGCCCCCUAUCUACUCUAUGAAACAAUCCAAACUACGCAAGCGACGCGUUUGGCGUUACGCAGUUCUUUACUUCAUGAUGUUGACUGUAUUCUUAUCGCUUCUUGCUGGCCCCAUCUUCGCGGGGUCGAUGAUAAUUGAUGGAACAUCCAGCCUGACGAGUGAUCCUUCCAAGACUAUGUUCCUAUUCCAACCUGUUGGACUAAAUAACAACGAUACUAAUGGCACUACUGAGACUGGAACUGCUAUUAGUGGAGGAACUGCGGAAACUGGAACCAGCACAGAUUCUGAUACAGGAGCUGCAGAAACCUCGUCAGUUUCAGAGAAACUCAGGUUGAUUUAA